AUGGUAUCUGCAACUACUUCUCUUGAUCAUUGGAGAAAAGCUCAAGACACUACUUCUCUAUCAUCUAUAUUUCUCAACAACAUGGGUGAUAGAAAUGAGCUUUGGGUCAAACCGGCGUUGGAAACAAUCAAGAUUAAUGUUGAUGCCGCUUCUUUUGAGCAGGAAAAUUCCUAUGGUUUCGGGUUGGUGGUUCGUGAUCACCUUGGUUCCCCUCUUCACAUUCAAGCAGAAUACCAUGGAGGGUACUUUCCCUCGGAAGUGACAGAAGCUAUGGGAAUCAAGGAAGCCUUUAGUUGGAUCAAGGCAAAUCAUCGGAGCAGAGUUUUGAUUGAGAGUGACAGCAUGCUUGCCGUCCAGGCCAUUCAUUCUACCCAGUUAAUGACGUCCGUGCUUGGUUUAGUUGUUAAUGAUUGUAGAAAUAUUUUAUCCUCUCUUUCUGAUGUUUCUUUACGUUUUGUUAGACGAUCAGCGAAUUGUGCGGCCCACUUUGUUGCUAGGCAUGCACGAUCGUCAAUUGGUCGUAGCAUUUUGGGAUCUAUUAUACCUCCUGAUCUACAUACUAUUUUGUACUCAGAAUACUAA